UCGUGGUGUUUUGCAGUGAUUCUAGUUUAUAUGCAACGGAAGAUCACAUGUCCUGCGAUGGUACGGUAUUGUUCGGUUCCCCAAUGUUCCACCUACUGCACUGAAGGUGGAAUAAGCUUACAUCGCUAUCCGGAAGAGCCUAAUCUUCGCAAACAGUGGCUUGUAAGGCUUAGAAAUGGAAAGGAGCCUUCGAAGUACGCUAUGGUCUGCAGUAGACACUUCAGUGAAGAGGAUUUCAUAACAAUAAAACUGAACAAGGAUGUUUGCAAGCGUCGGUACCUGAAGAAAAACGCUGCUCCCACACUGAACUUGCCACGGCGGAAGUUUGAUUGCGAGAAGAAGCCUCGCAAGCCACCAGUUCAGAGAGCUCCUACUGAAGCUGUGCCGACUGUGCAAAGGGGGAUUUCCAGCUGUGAUCAAGAGGCUGGUGAUGAUGAGCUGCAAACUGCAGACAGUUCCAGCCUGGCCAGUGCCAGCACACCUGAGCACAAUCUGGGAAGUCCCAUAGCUGACAAUGAUGAGUUCAGUCAGGGUGGAGUGGACGUUAGGAUGACCUCUGGCCCACAAUGUACAGACACAGUCAAUGAAGUGCCCACGCAGGACAUUCUGCAACAGUUUGCUUCGAUUGCCUGUGUGCACGCUGGCACUCUCAGGGAUGCCUGUGUGCAGGCAGAUACACUCGUGGAAUGUGGAAGGCACAAGCCACUGUUGACAUACCACAGUGUUCGGGAAGAGGACAAAAUUAGAACGUUGACAGGACUAGGUUGUGUGCAGCUGAUGGAGAACAUUAUCAGAGAGUUUUCAGUUUUGCGAAAAGCAACAGUGGCAAGAGGAUUUGUACUAAGUGAUGAAGAUGUGGUGCUAAUGGUUUUUGUGAAGUUGUAUCACAACAUCAACUUUAGCUUUUUAUCUGUUCUUUUUGGCAUCCAUCGCACAACUGUUUCCAAAAUAAUGAAAACUGCAAUUUGCAUCUUAGCUCGUGUACUGGGAGAGGCAGUGUUUUUCCCUACUAAGGAGUCUGUGAUGGAUAACAUGACUAUAUACUUCAAGCAAUAUAAGAACACUCGCGUUGUACUUGACUGUACAGAGGUAGCCCUGGAGAGGCCAAGUGACUUAACCUCACGGCUGCUUACGUACAGUCAAUAUAAAAGGCAGUACACCAUAAAAAUACUGAUUGGAUGUUCCCCAAGCGGUAUGAUCUGUGUAGUCGGACAAGGGCAUGGAGGUCGUGCCUCUGAUUCACACCUUACAUCGCAGUCAAAUGUGCUUGACAUGUGUAUGCCUUAUGUGGACAUCUCAGUUGUCUCGCGACGUAAACACCCAAUUAUGUGGACCACGUCAUGGUGGACAAAAGCUUCUUAAUCGAAACUUUGUGUGACGAUGCAAGAGUGAGAAUGGACAGACCCCCGUUUCUGAAAAAACGGCGUCAGAUGGAGGAACGCGAAGCACUUCAAAACCAAGCCAUUGCAAGAGCGCGGGUUCAUGUGGAAAGGGUGAUCCAGCGGCUCAAAGCAUAUAAGAUCCUGCAACAGAAGUUCCCUCUCCAACUUCUUCCUGUUUUUGAUAAGGUAGUUUUACUGCUUGCUGGUGUCGUCAACUUGUCCAGGCCUAUCCUGGCUGAAGACAAGUUUCUGCCAAACUGCUGAAUGUGCAACAAGUCUGUAAAGGUGUGCAUUAUGAAGCAUAAUGUAAUUGCCUUCUAAUGCAUGA